ACUAACUCUAAUUUAUUAGAUAACAUGAGGUAAGUUUACAAACAUAUAUGUCAUGACAUACCAUUGGCUACCAGUUAGUGGUAUAUGUACAGUACAUGUAGGUUAUCGACGGUCAAUCACCGUUCUGUACUAUAUCUUGGGUUCAGUCCUUACUGUGACACUCAGAGCCAUAUACCUCCAAUCAGGUAUGCGCGCAGUGUUGAGGCCGCCUGCUUCCCCUUGAGACCCAGGUUUGUAUCAUUUUGUUUCUAUUUUUCUCCUGCUAUCUGGACAUCAAACUUACUCCUCUCCACCCUUUUAAAAUGCGGUUAGUAAUGUGAUGUAUGCAUAUAUUUGUAGACCUUUCCUGGUUUAACCCAUCUAAACAUAUUAGCAUAAUCCAUUAUACUUGUUAUUAUAUCAUAUAACAUAAUUCAAUGUAUUUGUUGAAAAUUAUGUACCAGUAGUCUCACAACUUCAUGACAAUAAUGAUUAUCUUUUGAAUUAUUUAAAUUUCUCUUGUUAUUUUCCCCGGUUUGCAACAAAACAACUUUUAGUAUCUGAACGGAUAACAUAUAGUUAAUAUAAUGACACUUUGUAUGCAACGUUUACCAGGUUAAAAAAAGCACUGAAUACAUUUGUCUAUUCUAUUACACAGAUGAAAUACAUGUAUUAUGUUAACUUUAUCAAAUAUCGCGUACAAUGAGCGACUUCAUACCUUAGGAUAAUAUCAUGACUAUAUAAGCCGCAGUCGCUGGAAGGAACAUUUACCGAUUAAUUAAAGAUGUGUUAACUAUGGCUGUGCGAAUACAAUAUCAAUAAGAGCAUAUCUAUAAUAAACAAAACAAAGAUUUAUAAGUGAUAAUAUUGAUGAUAAUCCAUCAAAUACAAAACCAUACCGGAAUAUAACAGUGUAAAGGGUUCAUGCAUUACCGGGACAGGUUUUUAAAUUUGAUUAAGAUAAUUUUUGAAAGUUUUCGGAAGGAUAAGCAACAAAAAUUUGAUCUUAAUUUCACUUUAUUUUAAAUCACAGCAUCGGGCGUAGUGUAUUUUCAUGCAGACAACAAGUCAUUUUAAAUUUUAAUUAAUAUUAAUGCAUACAACGAAAUGAAUUAUCAAACAAUUAAUUCUAAAUUUUACUUAAUCUAAAAUCAAGGCAUGGGAAGAAACAACAAUCUAUUCUAAAUUCUCCUCAAUUCAAAUCAAGUCAUAAGAAGAAACGGAUUACCAGACAAUAAUUAAUUCUAAAUUUAACUGAAUUUAAAAUGACGGCAUAGAACGAAAUGGCUGAUCAAGCAACACAUUUUUUUUUCCAAUUUCACUUAUUAUGAAAUAUAUUGCUAGCUAGUUUUUGUGUUCCUCACAGAUUUAGGAUUGAUGAGUAUACAACAUUCCAACUUUUACAGCGUGUCAUUACCUGCUCUUCAAAUGUUACACAUUUUACACUAUGCCAUUUAAAGUGCUUCUAUGAUGAUAGCAGUUCAUUUCGCCGAAUGACCUUAGGCGGUGGGGUAUAUCAUCUAAUCGUGACCUGGCUGUAAACAUAUAACGGAGUAACAUACUGAUAUGUUCGAUAAUGUGCGUGUGAUCGCUGAAAAAAUCACUGACUCGACAUAACACUACAGCAACGACAGUAUUAAUUAGGUACACAUAUCUAUAUCAUAAUACAUUAAAAUCUUUCCAAUUGAUACAAAACACAUACAGACUCCAUAACCUAUCUAGUAAAAAUUUGACGUUGUGUAGGAGAGCCUUACUCCAUAACCUAGCUCUUGAGUAUUUGACGUUCUGUAGGAGAGCCUUACUCCAUAACCAAACUAGUGAUGUUCUGUAGGGGAGUCUGACCCCGUAACCUAUCCAGUGAGAAUUCGACGUCUUGCUACAUAACCUGUCUAGUGAGAAUUUGACGUUCUGUAGGAGAGCUUUAUCCCAUAACCUAUUUAAUGGGUUUUUGACGUUCUGUAGGAGAGCCUGACCCCGUAACCUAUUUAAUGACUAUUUUACCGUUCUGUAUGAGAGCCUUACUACAUAACUUAUCCAGUGACAUUCUGUAGGAGAGUCUGACCCGGUAACCUAUCUAGUGAGAAUUUGACGUUAUGUAGGAGAGCCUUACUCCAUAACCUAUCUAGUGAGUAUUUUACGUUCUGUAGGAGAGCCUUAUCCCAUAACCUAUUUAAUGACAAUUUGCCGUUCUGUAGGAGAGCCUUACUCCAUGACAUAUCUAGUGAGUUUUUGACGUUCUGUAGUAGAGCCUUACUCCAAAACUUAUCUCUUGAGUAUUUGACGUUCUGCAGGAGAGCCUUACUCCAUUUCCUAUCUAGUGAGUUUUGCCGUUCUGAAAAGGACCUUACUCCAUAACUUACUGCCAGGGAAUCAUUAUUAAUAUUGAUUUUAAAAUCAUGUAUGGCGUCAUAAACCGAUAGCUCAUCAUUAUAAUCCUGUCAGGAAAAUCAACAAAUAAAUCAAAGUAGUGGUGAUACCAUGUGAAUUGUUCUUUAUUUAUCUCCUUUAAAGCCUACCAACUAUCUCGCAAACGCACUCGAUAUAUAUUGCAUGCAUCUAAUUAUUCAGAUUUUGCCUUACAUAUCGUAAUAGAACUUCUGCAAGGAAAUCGGUUCUCAAUGGAAAAGGAAAUCAAGAAAGAUUUGAUCUCAAAAAGGUCACAGGUAAAUUCGAACAUUGAUUUCCUUACAACCAACUUCAUCAAAGCAGCAGGGAACAUAUAUGACCCACUCACCAAUCCACAGGGUUACAUUAAUUUUGGAGUAUCCGAAAACAAGGUGUGUGAAGACCUCUGGCUUAAGAAGAUUGCUGAAAUAGCAGGGUCAUCCGACUUUUCUAGUGUUGACAUUCUCUACUAUUUUGCUUUGCAUGGAACGCAACAACUUAGAAGAACUUUGAGCAAAUUAAUUGGAGAACAUUUCAAAAGCAAGGAGAGGAUUGACGAGGAAAAGAUUGUGUGCAUGGGCGGAGUAUCAGCAAUAUUGAACGCUCUGGCCUUUACUUUGGCUGACCCAGGAGAUGUUUUCCUGUGCCCAACUCCUGUUUACACCCGGAUCAAAAAUGACAUGCUGGAAUUAGGAGGAGUUGACAUCUAUGAGGUUCCAAUGUUUGACAUAACCUCACCUGAGGAUCCGUUUAAGAUGCGAAUAGACUUACUGGAAUCGUACUUACAAAAAGCCAGGAAUGAUGGUUUGAACGUGCGUGGCGUGGUCCUUGUUAACCCCAAUAAUCCCACCGGGAAAGUCUACAAUCCACACGAACUACAGCAGUUAAUGACAUUCUGCAAAAGGGAGGAAUUACACGUCAUAGCUGAUGAAAUAUAUGCGCUGACAACGCAAUGUCAAGGAGGUUUCACGAGCGUCUUGUCAUUAUCUAUUCCUGAUCCACAGCGGACUCACUUUGUGUGGGGAUUAAGCAAGGAUUUUGGACUGUCUGGGUUCCGUUGCGGAGUGGUCUAUUCCCAUGACAUUAGGAUAAUAGCUCGCCUGAAGCAGAUAGCCACAUUUCAGCCUAUUCCUGCCCCUACACAGAAACUUAUUAACGGCAUAUUAUCUGAUACAGAAUGGAUAGACAAAGUAUAUUUCCCAGCAUAUUACGAGAGAGCAAAAGCUAUGUACAAGUUGGUAAAGGAAGUUUUGGAUGAGUUGAAUAUUCCAACACCUUACAGCUGCCGGAAUGCAAUGUUCUUUUGGAUGGACUUGUCUCAGUUUUUGAAGGAUUUAUCAAGAGAAGAAGAAAACAAGCUGUUUAAUAGAUUUAUGGAAGCCGGUCUCUACAUUAUACCCGGCAUGGAGAUGUUAAGUCAGAUUCCCGGCUGGUUUCGACUUACUUUCACUUUGCCAGAACAUGAAAUCCAAGAAGGGCUUCGUCGUUUCCGCGCAGUAUUGACGCAAAAAGGGAACAAGGCAACUACCAGCUGACAUAGUAUCAAUCAAAGAAAACUGCUUAUACUGAUGUUUUAUAAUUUCUUACAAUACUUCAACAUACAUAUAUAUCUACCUGUGUUUAAAGAAAACAAAGUGAUACAUUGUGUUGGACACACGGCUGAUUGAUUGUGAUUAGUAUACGUUAUACGUAUCCACCGAACCAGUGUAAGCGUGAUAACGGGACUGCAUGCUGUCUUUUUCCAACUACUAUUCACUCUAACUAUCAAUCCCAAAUCCGCGCUACAUGUGAUAUAACAAUUCAGAAACUCGAGUUCCUAUCCAAAUAUAGUAACACGGGACUUUCCCACAAUCCGUGACGUCAAAUACGCGCUACAGGGUGAUAUAAUAAUCUAACAACUCGAGUUCCUUCCCAAAUAUAGUAACAAAGGACUUUCCCACAAUCCGUGACGUCAAAUCCACGCUACAGGGUUAUAUAGAAAUAAAACAACUCGAGUUUGUACCCUAAUAUAGAAACAAGGGACUUUCCCACUAUCCAUGACAUCAAAAAUACAUGUAUGUAUGGGCUUCCGGGACAGAGUUUAGUAGACUGAAUUCGGACAUGCUGUUAUAUUCACAUUUUGUUGAAUCUUAAGCAAUAAUAAAUAACGUAGUUUAAUUUCA